GGAGUAUUUGCAGCAGCAUUUGAUUGUGGAAUUGAGUGGUUAAUUGUGAAAGGAAUAGCUGAUUAUGCUGAUGGCUCUCAGUUGGCUUCUGAGAGUUGGUCUUCCUGUGCAAGUGUGAUGGCAGCAUCUCUUGUUGCACACAUUUUGAAUGAACCCUGUGCUUUUUAUUCAUGGCCUCAUUAUCAAGGUAAUCAUUCUCAUAGAGGGCAUAUGAUUUAUUGAAUCCAUUGGUGGGUUACUUAGUACAGUCACAGAUAAGCUACAUGGUAUAAAUUAUAUGCACUGUGGGUACAUACAUGUAUUAUCCCAAAUUCAGGUGUCCAAUACACCCCUAGCCUGUGUACAGACCCACCCCUCCCCUCAGUUUCUCUGUCUUUUACUGAGGGGAGUGGGGUCUGUACACAGACUAAUACACACCACUUGUUCAAAUUGUGUAAGUUUAGAUUCAAGUUGCGCAAGUCAUAUGAGUGAUAGGAAUUGUCAAACAAUGUCUUCCAUUUGUGUGAUUGGUUCAAAUAGUGAAUGUGUUACCUUAGUGUUGGACAAGCUCGGAUUUUGUUUAAGGUGUAGAGUAAACGAAUAUUUCAACAAACCACACGGUAAGCCCCACAACCCAUGUUUCUUGUAAGCUUUGUCGGUAAUCCGUAUAUCUUGAUUUAUCUCUUGCUUUGUCAUCAUUUUUUUUAACAUUCUGUUUAAAAUUUUUAUCUUGAAAUCAUAUUUUAUUUUUUCUGUGAUAGUUUAAAAAUGUUGUUAGCAGAAAGUUUAAUGAAGGAUUCCUUCUCUUCUCUGGCAUGAUAAAAACGCUAACCCCGAUUUGAACGAUUUUGAUGUCAUCAUGAUAUAUCAAUCAGUCAUUUUGUCUGUUUUUCUUUGUUAAAUGGUAAAAUUACUUGACUAAGAUUUGAGAUUGUUAGGCCCGGUUCAGACGCGGAACUUUUCAUGAGCCGAACCUAAUUCGAAUUAAGGUCGACCCCAAUUAUUUAGACCGGCUGAAUUGAUUCAGACGCCGUUCUUAAUUGCAGCUGAACUAAGUUCAAAAGGUGAAAAAUGCUCAUUUCGGUCAAACUGUUUGCGUUUAAUUAAUCAAUUCCUGGAAGAAAAAAAUACACAAGAACAGCCAAAGCCGGGGGCUUAAAUGGCCUGAGGUCAGCAAAAAAAAAAGACGUGAAGAAUUUACAGGAAUAGAAGAAGGCUUUAACUAAAAUAAUUACAAUACAAUUAGAUCAAGAAAGAAAAGGUCAGUUAGAAAAACGUACAACUAAAAUACAAUACUUGGCAACUAAUUUCAAAUAUGUAGACAACUAAUAAUUCCUAUAAACCUAUUAUUAUUCCUAAUAAUUCCUAUAAACCACACAAACAACUAAUAAUUCCUAUAAACCAGACAAACAACUACAAACAAAUACACCUAGUAUAGUCCCAUAAGGUGUACAGAUUAUGCGUAGGCUAAUUAACUACUCAGAAAAAUACACUUAUAAAAUACGUUAUAAUGAUUUAUGCAUUAGGUUCGGUACAUGAAAAGUUCGGCGUCUGAAUCAAAGCGGUUCCAAAGUCGCUCCAAAGGCGAAAUUCUCGGCCGGGCUAGGCGAAAAGAACGGCUGAGCCGUUCCAAAUUGAAACAGGCGUUCCUAAUUGAUUCAGACGCCGAACUUUUCAUUUACUUAAUUCAAUGUAUUAGGUUCGGCUCAUGAAAAGUUCGGCGUCUGAACCGGGCCUUAGUGGUUCAUAUAAUGACUUACUAUUCUGAAAUAUACUUUUCCAUACUAUUCCUAUUGAUAGUGAUAUUUUGAUAUUUUAGUUAACCACUUUUUCAAGUAAAUAGUGAUAAUUGAUUGUUUCUCCGGCAGGGCUGCAGCAACAUGAGUAUAAGGACGGUCCAACCGAAAGGCGACCAUCAACAUCUUCAUGCAGCAACGCUUCACAUGAUUCGUCAUUCAACCGCACUCAAACUAACGAACGAAAAUUAGCUCCUUCCAUCAUCGAAGAUAUGAAGAAACAUGUACGAGAAGUCACUGAACAGCCUUACGGAGAUCUUAAAUCACCUUUUCAUAAUCCAGGUGAAGGACCCAGAAGAGAUCUGAAGCUUGACGAAAUCUUCACCAAUCUAAUUAUUUAUGAGGGGAGAGUUAAGUAUAACUUUUCUGGAGACAGAAUGAAACAACUACAAGAGUACCACAAAGCCAAUGAAAAUUUGCGACCAACGCGUCCAGGAGAUAUUUUUGGUGCUAAAAAACGGAAGAUUCUUGUUGUUGGUCGUCCUGGAAUUGGAAAAACCAUGUUCAGCACAAAGAUUCUUCGCGACUGGGCGUCCGACACCUUGUUUAACAAAACUCAAAAAUCGCAAAUAGAUUUUAAAGUUGCCUUCCUCAUUAAGCUGAGGAUGUUUAACUCUAGAAGCAAAGAACUAAAUCUUCGCGAGCUUCUGGAUCACUCAGAAUAUUCAACAGCUCUUUCCGAAGAGAUCUGGAACUACAUUCGUCACAACCCAAAGCGAGUACUGGUGAUUUUUGAUGGAUUUGACGAGUAUUCUUAUAGGACUGAAAUCAGUAAAGAUGACGUUCCGUACAGAAACAAUGAAGAAGACAAGAUGCCUGUCCAUUUCCUGCUGAAGAAAAUAGUAACGGGAAAAAUUCUUACCGGCGCGACAGUCUUAAUGACUACAAGACCCAAUGCUGUGUCAUGUGUCAGAAGUGUUAACUUUAACAGAGCAGUUGAAAUUCUGGGAUUUACAACUGAGCAAGUGAAUGACUAUGUAGCGAAGUUAACAAAGCUGGAAGACAAAGCAGAAACCAUAAGGCAACACAUCACUAGUAACUUAAACCUUCUAGCCUUCUGCUACAUUCCUGUAAAUUGUUUUAUCAUUUGUUCAUGCUUGUUAGAGUUGCUUGUCAACACUAGCUUAACCAGCCUCCACUACCUCCCAACAAGACUGACAGAAAUAUACUCCAUUGCAAUAAAGAUGUUUUACUUUAGUUACGAUGAUGGUCAGUAUCGCCACAAUAAAACUGAAGGACAACAGUUCUUUCUAAAACCAUUUAAGGAACUGCCCUCCUCUGUGCAAAAGGAGUUCACAAGUCUGGGAAAAAUUGCUUUUAAUGGCAUUCAAGAGGGAAGAUUAAUUUUUGAAUCGCAUGAGGUUAACAGCCUGGAGAGUAAUGGCCUGUUUCACCGUUUACCUGAUACUAAAGACCAUCCUUUAGCAGAGGGAAGAGCGCAAUAUUGCUUUUUACACCUGACCUUACAGGAGUUCUUGGCGGCGAAGUAUUUGGUGGACACGUUGUGUUCCGAACAACUGCGGGAUUUUGUUGCCGCUCACAUCGAGGAUGGCGCGUGGAAGGUUGUGAUGCAGUUUGUGGCUGGACUGCUGGCUGAAAAAGAAGGACAAUCGACUGAUAUUUUCAGCGACCUUCUUCCCUCAGAAACUGUUACUAAAGAAGUUGAAAUCAAGAUGAAUGAAGAUUCAGAGGAACGAACUGAAACACUGACCUGUUGGCCAGCCGAGAAAGACAGGGCUUUAGUGGUGACGCUAUUCAAUUGCAUGUAUGAGAACAAUGCCUCUGAUCAAGAAGUUCAAAAGAAACUGGCGAAAAUUGGUUGUAAUGCGCUUAAUUUUUAUUAUUGUAACCUGUCACCUCUCGACUGUUUAGCAUUAGUGCAUGCACUUAAAUCUGUUGAAGGAAUUUUGGAUUUUGAUUUAAGCUUCAACAACCUUCAGUCGCUAGGAUGUAUUGAGAUUGCGAAGUUGUUACCUGGCAACCAACACGAUCAGGGUUUUUGCGAACUAAAAAGAUUGAACCUCGCGCGUAACGACAUAACUGAGGAAGCAGUUAAACAUUUAUGUACAGCACUCACACACACUAACUGCAAACUAAAAAGCUUAGUCCUCAGUCACAACAACAUAACUGUUGAAGCAGUUAAAAAUUUAUGUACAGCACUCACACACACUAACUGUAAACUAAAAAGCUUAGUCCUCAGUCACAACAACAUAACUGAUGAAGCAGUUAAACAUUUAUCUACAGCACUCACACACACUAACUGCAAACUAAACAGCUUAGACUUCAGUAAUAACAACAUAACUGAUGAAGGAGUGAAACAUUUAUCUACAGCACUCACACACACUAACUGCAAACUAAACAGCUUAAACCUGUGGAAUAACAACAUAACUGAUGAAGCAGUUAAACAUUUAUCUUCAGCACUCACACACACUAACUGCAAACUAAACAGCUUAAACCUCACUCAAAACAAGAUAACUGAUGAAGCAGUUAAACAUUUAUCUACAGCACUCACUCACACUAACUGCAAACUAAACAGCUUAGACCUCUAUAAUAACUACAUAACUGAUGAAGCAGUAAAACAUUUAUCUACAGCACUCACACACACUAACUGCAAACUAAACAGCUUAAACCUCGGGAGUAACAACAUAUGAACCCUGUGCUUUUUAUUCAUGGCCUCAUUAUCAAGGUAAUCAUUCUCAUAGAGGGCAUAUGAUUUAUUGAAUCCAUUGGUGGGUUACUUAGUACAGUCACAGAUAAGCUACAUGGUAUAAAUUAUAUGCACUGUGGGUACAUACAUGUAUUAUCCCAAAUUCAGGUGUCCAAUACACCCCUAGCCUGUGUACAGACCCACCCCUCCCCUCAGUUUCUCUGUCUUUUACUGAGGGGAGUGGGGUCUGUACACAGACUAAUACACACCACUUGUUCAAAUUGUGUAAGUUUAGAUUCAAGUUGCGCAAGUCAUAUGAGUGAUAGGAAUUGUCAAACAAUGUCUUCCAUUUGUGUGAUUGGUUCAAAUAGUGAAUGUGUUACCUUAGUGUUGGACAAGCUCGGAUUUUGUUUAAGGUGUAGAGUAAACGAAUAUUUCAACAAACCACACGGUAAGCCCCACAACCCAUGUUUCUUGUAAGCUUUGUCGGUAAUCCGUAUAUCUUGAUUUAUCUCUUGCUUUGUCAUCAUUUUUUUUAACAUUCUGUUUAAAAUUUUUAUCUUGAAAUCAUAUUUUAUUUUUUCUGUGAUAGUUUAAAAAUGUUGUUAGCAGAAAGUUUAAUGAAGGAUUCCUUCUCUUCUCUGGCAUGAUAAAAACGCUAACCCCGAUUUGAACGAUUUUGAUGUCAUCAUGAUAUAUCAAUCAGUCAUUUUGUCUGUUUUUCUUUGUUAAAUGGUAAAAUUACUUGACUAAGAUUUGAGAUUGUUAGGCCCGGUUCAGACGCGGAACUUUUCAUGAGCCGAACCUAAUUCGAAUUAAGGUCGACCCCAAUUAUUUAGACCGGCUGAAUUGAUUCAGACGCCGUUCUUAAUUGCAGCUGAACUAAGUUCAAAAGGUGAAAAAUGCUCAUUUCGGUCAAACUGUUUGCGUUUAAUUAAUCAAUUCCUGGAAGAAAAAAAUACACAAGAACAGCCAAAGCCGGGGGCUUAAAUGGCCUGAGGUCAGCAAAAAAAAAAGACGUGAAGAAUUUACAGGAAUAGAAGAAGGCUUUAACUAAAAUAAUUACAAUACAAUUAGAUCAAGAAAGAAAAGGUCAGUUAGAAAAACGUACAACUAAAAUACAAUACUUGGCAACUAAUUUCAAAUAUGUAGACAACUAAUAAUUCCUAUAAACCUAUUAUUAUUCCUAAUAAUUCCUAUAAACCACACAAACAACUAAUAAUUCCUAUAAACCAGACAAACAACUACAAACAAAUACACCUAGUAUAGUCCCAUAAGGUGUACAGAUUAUGCGUAGGCUAAUUAACUACUCAGAAAAAUACACUUAUAAAAUACGUUAUAAUGAUUUAUGCAUUAGGUUCGGUACAUGAAAAGUUCGGCGUCUGAAUCAAAGCGGUUCCAAAGUCGCUCCAAAGGCGAAAUUCUCGGCCGGGCUAGGCGAAAAGAACGGCUGAGCCGUUCCAAAUUGAAACAGGCGUUCCUAAUUGAUUCAGACGCCGAACUUUUCAUUUACUUAAUUCAAUGUAUUAGGUUCGGCUCAUGAAAAGUUCGGCGUCUGAACCGGGCCUUAGUGGUUCAUAUAAUGACUUACUAUUCUGAAAUAUACUUUUCCAUACUAUUCCUAUUGAUAGUGAUAUUUUGAUAUUUUAGUUAACCACUUUUUCAAGUAAAUAGUGAUAAUUGAUUGUUUCUCCGGCAGGGCUGCAGCAACAUGAGUAUAAGGACGAUCCAACCGAAAGGCGACCAUCAACAUCUUCAUGCAGCAACGCUUCACAUGAUUCGUCAUUCAACCGCACUCAAACUAACGAACGAAAAUUAGCUCCUUCCAUCAUCGAAGAUAUGAAGAAACAUGUACGAGAAGUCACUGAACAGCCUUACGGAGAUCUUAAAUCACCUUUUCAUAAUCCAGGUGAAGGACCCAGAAGAGAUCUGAAGCAUGACGAAAUCUUCACCAAUUUAAUUAUUUAUGAGGGGAGAGUUAAGUAUAACUUUUCUGGAGACAGAAUGAAACAACUACAAGAGUACCACAAAGCCAAUGAAAAUUUGCGACCAACGCGUCCAGGAGAUAUUUUUGGUGCUAAAAAACGGAAGAUUCUUGUCGUUGGUCGUCCUGGAAUUGGAAAAACCAUGUUCAGCACAAAGAUUCUUCGCGACUGGGCGUCCGACACCUUGUUUAACAAAACUCAAAAAUCGCAAAUAGAUUUUAAAGUUGCCUUCCUCAUUAAGCUGAGGAUGUUUAACUCUAGAAGCAAAGAACUAAAUCUUCGCGAGCUUCUGGAUCACUCAGAAUAUUCAACAGCUCUUUCCGAAGAGAUCUGGAACUACAUUCGUCACAACCCAAAGCGAGUACUGGUGAUUUUUGAUGGAUUUGACGAGUAUUCUUAUAGGACUGAAAUCAGUAAAGAUGACGUUCCGUACAGAAACAAUGAAGAAGACAAGAUGCCUGUCCAUUUCCUGCUGAAGAAAAUAGUAACGGGAAAAAUUCUUACCGGCGCGACAGUCUUAAUGACUACAAGACCCAAUGCUGUGUCAUGUGUCAGAAGUGUUAACUUUAACAGAGCAGUUGAAAUUCUGGGAUUUACAACUGAGCAAGUGAAUGACUAUGUAGCGAAGUUAACAAAGCUGGAAGACAAAGCAGAAACCAUAAGGCAACACAUCACUAGUAACUUAAACCUUCUAGCCUUCUGCUACAUUCCUGUAAAUUGUUUUAUCAUUUGUUCAUGCUUGUUAGAGUUGCUUGUCAACACUAGCUUAACCAGCCUCCACUACCUCCCAACAAGACUGACAGAAAUAUACUCCAUUGCAAUAAAGAUGUUUUACUUUAGUUACGAUGAUGGUCAGUAUCGCCACAAUAAAACUGAAGGACAACAGUUCUUUCUAAAACCAUUUAAGGAACUGCCCUCCUCUGUGCAAAAGGAGUUCACAAGUCUGGGAAAAAUUGCUUUUAAUGGCAUUCAAGAGGGAAGAUUAAUUUUUGAAUCGCAUGAGGUUAACAGCCUAGAGAGUAAUGGCCUGUUUCACCGUUUACCUGAUACUAAAGACCAUCCUUUAGCAGAGGGAAGAGCGCAAUAUUGCUUUUUACACCUGACCUUACAGGAGUUCUUGGCGGCGAAGUAUUUGGUGGACACGUUGUGUUCCGAACAACUGCGGGAUUUUGUUGCCGCUCACAUCGAGGAUGGCGCGUGGAAGGUUGUGAUGCAGUUUGUGGCUGGACUGCUGGCUGAAAAAGAAGGACAAUCGACUGAUAUUUUCAGCGACCUUCUUCCCUCAGAAACUGUUACUAAAGAAGUUGAAAUCAAGAUGAAUGAAGAUUCAGAGGAACGAACUGAAACACUGACCUGUUGGCCAGCCGAGAAAGACAGGGCUUUAGUGGUGACGCUAUUCAAUUGCAUGUAUGAGAACAAUGCCUCUGAUCAAGAAGUUCAAAAGAAACUGGCGAAAAUUGGUUGUAAUGCGCUUAAUUUUUAUUAUUGUAACCUGUCACCUCUCGACUGUUUAGCAUUAGUGCAUGCACUUAAAUCUGUUGAAGGAAUUUUGGAUUUUGAUUUAAGCUUCAACAACCUUCAGUCGCUAGGAUGUAUUGAGAUUGCGAAGUUGUUACCUGGCAACCAACACGAUCAGGGUUUUUGCGAACUAAAAAGAUUGAACCUCGCGCGUAACGACAUAACUGAGGAAGCAGUUAAACAUUUAUGUACAGCACUCACACACACUAACUGCAAACUAAAAAGCUUAGUCCUCAGUCACAACAACAUAACUGUUGAAGCAGUUAAAAAUUUAUGUACAGCACUCACACACACUAACUGUAAACUAAAAAGCUUAGUCCUCAGUCACAACAACAUAACUGAUGAAGCAGUUAAACAUUUAUCUACAGCACUCACUCACACUAACUGCAAACUAAACAGCUUAGACCUCUAUAAUAACAACAUAACUGAUGAAGCAGUAAAACAUUUAUCUACAGCACUCACACACACUAACUGCAAACUAAACAGCUUAAACCUCGGGAGUAACAACAUAACUGUUGAAGCAGUUAAACAUUUAUCUACAGCACUCACACGCACUAACUGCAAACUAAACAGCUUAGACCUCGCGAGUAACAACGUAACUGAUGUAGGUGUUAAACAUUUAUCUACAGCACUCACACACACUAACUGCAAACUAAACAGCUUAAACCUCAUGAGGGACAACAUAACUGAUGAAGCAGUUAAACAUUUAUCUACAGCACUCACACACACUAACUGCACACUAAACCGCUUAGACCUCAGGGGUAACAGGACAACUGAUGAAGCAGUUAAACAUUUAUGUACAGCACUCACACACACUAACUGCAAACUAACCAGCUUAGACCUCAUUUGUAACAACUUAACUGAUGAAGCAGUUAAACAUUUAUCUACAGCACUCACACACACUCACUGCAAACUAAACAGCUUAAACCUCUUUAAUAACUACAUAACUGAUGAAGGAGUAAAACAUUUAUCUACAGCACUCACACACACUAACUGCAAACUAAACAGCUUAAACCUCCGGUUUAACAAGACAACUGAUAAGGGUAAAAAUCUCCUAAACUCAUUGAACAUAAACUGUAAAGUAAUUUUCUAG